AUGACACCUGACCCUGUUACAGAAUGUUCGAAAAAUUAUGUCAGCCCAGUCCAGUGAUUCAGUCCAAGCCCAGCUAUAUUCACAGAAUAUAUAUACCUGUAGUGUUUAAUUCUCCUGCUCAUCGUCUUCUAUUUUCUCACUGUCGUAUCUUCCGCCUCCUAGGGUUUGUAUUCCGACACAAAAAUGGCUUCAGAUUAUUCCUUAGGUGCGAUGGAUCAGAUUAAGAAGAGAAAGCUCGAUGAAAACGGUCUCGUGAUGUUGCCCGAUCAAGACGCCGCCGGGAUUUCAGUGGAAGACUCCCGCAAAAUCCUUGAACCCUUUACCCGUGAACAGCUCCUUGAGAUUGUGCAAACUGCCCUGCUCCGCCACGUUGACGUCCUCGAAUCCGUCCGGUCCAUUGCCGACCGGGACCCAGCUCAGAGGAAGCUGUUCAUCCGCGGCCUUGGUUGGGAUACCACCACGGAGAAGCUCCGGGCACUCUUCGCGCAGUACGGGGAGCUUGAAGAAGCCAUCGUGAUUCUCGACAAGGUCACAGGUAAAUCGAAGGGCUAUGGGUUUGUUACUUUCAAGCAUAUUGAUGGAGCUUUGCAAGCCCUUAAACAGCCUAGUAAGCAAAUUGACGGCCGGAUGACGGUAACUCAGCUUGCCUCUGCUAGGGCUUCCGGUGGUCCUGCUGGGGGAGUGGGAAAUAAUCCUGUGGAUGUUUCAGAGAGGAAGAUUUAUGUUGCUAAUGUGCCUUAUGAUAUGCCGGCUGAGAGGCUGCUUGCGCAUUUUACCAUGUAUGGGGAGAUUGAAGAGGGACCUUUAGGGUUUGAUAAGGAAACUGGUAAAUCGAAAGGAUUUGCUUUGUUUGUUUAUAAAACUGCUGAGGCAGCAAGGUCUUCUUUGGUGGAUCCUGUUAAGAAUAUUGAUGGUCAUCAGCUGAAUUGUAAGCUGGCAAUUGACGGGAAGAAAGGGAAGCCGGGGGUGGGUGGUCCCGGAGGUGGCAACGGAGGGCACAACAAUGGAGUUGGCACAGGCGUGCAAAGUGGAAAUCCGGGCCAGUAUCCUGGAUAUCCUGGGUAUCCUGGGUCUUCAUUUGGCAGUAAUCAAUUGAAUCCGGGAUUGGGAGGUUCAGGUGGUGGUGUCCCAGGGAUGUCUGGGAUUGCAAACCAAGCACCGGGGUCUACAAUGGGAGGCGGUGGUGCUGGAUUUGGUGGUCCUUACGGUGGAGGAUCACAUUAUGGUGGGCCUGGUUCAACUGGAUAUGGUGGAUUGGGUGGAGCUCCUACAGGAUUGGGUGGUCUAGGCAGUGGAGUGGGAGGUGCUGGUCGUGGUUCGUUUUUUGGAGUGCCACCAAGCUCAGGGGGGUUGCCUGCUGGAGAGUAUCAACAAAAUGGACCCUAUAACUUGCCAUCAUCAGGAUAUCAAAGCCAGCAUCACCAGCCUGGAACAUCACCAGCCCCUAGAGUUCCAACUGGAGGAAUGUACCAAGGAGUGCACCCAUACUAUUAAGACAUCAAGCACCAUUGUUGCGGUUGAGGCUUCUUUGAAGACUCCUGCAACAUCAGGUAGCGUUUUCAUAUCAUAUCGCCCUGGGUUUUGGAGUUUCAACAAUUAUCUUCUGGGAAUGGCCAUGAGGGGAACUUUUAUCUAUUACUCUUGUAAAGUUUAUGAUAUUUGAUCUAGGUGUAUAAUUAUGUCUUAUUGACGAUUAUCUUUAUUGGGGCAAGCCAAUUCUGUGCUUGCAAAACCCAAAAGGUUGUAAUAAAAUCGUCAGACAUCAAGCACCUUUGUUGUGGUUGAGCCUUCUUUGAGGACUCCUGCAACAAUAGGUAGCGUUCUCAUAUCCUAUCGCCCUGGGUAGUGGAGUCUCCACCAUUAUCCCUUGGGAAUGGCCAUGAGAAAAACAUUCAUUCAUUAAAUCUUGUGGACUGUUUAUGAACUCUCUGUUUUCGUGGAUUUUGUAAUUCCAAAGUUCCUUGGAUGUCUGGAUUGUUGCUUCCGUGUGUAUAUUGAAAGAAUGUCCAUUGUAUGUGCUUAUAUUGCAGUGCUAUGACUGAUGGAUUGAUGUGUUGCCUCAUUUGUACUCUGGAUGCUUGUGCUUUAGGAUAUCCUUCAUGCAUGAACUUGUGUGAAUGGUACUGCCUGUCUGUAGUCCUAUUGUAAUUCUUGAUUUACAAUCCUUCACGAGGAAUGUUUAGCUGCACAGCUGAUUAGGAAGUAAACUUUAAGAAAAUAGUCUUGUUUCUUUGUGUUUGUUUUGCCUCAGUGUUUGAAUAUAGGGGACUUGGGUCAUUCGUGAUUCCUUUUUAACUGAUUCUGUCUUCUAUUGUCGGUAGCUUUUUCAGUUUCUUUCAUAUUGGCAGUAUUUUGACAUUUGAUUUUCUUCUUUUAGACUUGUUACGUACUCCCAUCAGUCCUAGUUUUCUGGCAAAAGUUUAAACUAAAUUGGACUUGAGUGUGUUAAAUGGACUUAAGCAUUAACAUGUGUGGUUGCACAUUUCCUUUGAGAGAUGCGUUCCUCAUUUUUAAUUUUUCUCAAAGCUCUGCGAUUUUGUAGGCUACUGCUCGAGGAGCUGCUUUAUUUUGUUUAUUACUUUCUUUGUUCAUUAUUUCCAAAAUGUAUGUGGAUUGAUAUACAUUGAUGUGAAUGGAUGUUGGUUCAGGUGUGUGAGGGCUUGUUGGUGCAGUUCCUUUUAUUGGUUCUGGUGAUUUCGUGAACGCAGACAAUUUGAACUCUGGCUUGAUGGUUUUCAUUUGCUGUGUACUUUGGGCUCUUCUUCAAUACUUCUGCCCAUCAUGAAUGCUUGUAGUCUGAGUUGUUAUGCCAGAAUAGUUUCUGUUACAUUGUUGAACAAUGAGCUUGCAAAGUUAAUGAGAUUGUGGAUUGUGGUAGUUUCGAUGCAAAGUGGGCAUUAGAUUGGUUAGGUUAAUUUUCAUGUUGCUGGUGCGAUGUUUUUUUUUUCUGGCCUUUAUCUCAACUGACCCUUGUAUUAGAGCAUUUUCAAACUCUUAGUGAAUAAUUUACAUUUAUUGCUAUUUGCUUGAGCUCAUCCACAAGGUUUUCUUUCUAACUCCCGUGUAUCUAGCAGAGCUGCAAAGAUUGUUCUGAGGUCAUAGUAAAUGGGUUACAAAUAUGUUGUGGUGAUCUGGAUAACCUCUUUGAUGUUUUCUACUGAAUGUUAUCUGGCUUUAUAGUGUGGAAAUUGUCAUUGGCCAAGCGUAACACAUAGAUGAUAUCUUCAUCUCUGUAAGUCGUUAAUUUUCUGAAAAUCUAUGCGGCUGCUUUGCAUUGCUCUCAAGCAUCCUUCUCUCUGAUUUUAUUUCGGUUGUGCCAAGAAGAUGUCUAAAUUGAUUUCAAAAUUAUAUUCAAGUUGGAAUUUUGAAAAUUUUGGUUAAUUACCUUGUAUUUCCUUUUCUAAUUAUUGAUUGGUUAAAAGACCGUUGCCAUGUCUCAUGUCUCUUGUGGUGACUCUCCUACUAACUUUUGCCAUCUUUUCAUACGGUCGAUGUAAGUUUUUGAUAUUGGAAUGUCCAUUGCAUUUUUAAAAUCUAUAUUUUACAUAGGUGAGCAUGGAUGGUUAACAAUGAUUUUUUUGGGUUUACAGUUACAAAUUAUUAUAAUUACUGUCAUUGUCUUCAUUGGCUCCUCUGUGUGAACGGCGGUUUGAUCAAUAAAUAUGGCAAAUCUGAUUCACACGUCACUGUUAUUAAUGUUAAUGAUUUGAUAGUUUCAGUUUGAAUCUUUCAUAAGUGGGCAUUCGUAUGUUUGUAGAAGUUCUCUGAAAACGUCAUAUGGUCUAAUUUAUGUAAUGCCUGUAAUCUCAGAUUAAUUGGCGGGCAGAUGUAAUAAAUGUUGUCCAUGUGUGUGAUUUGUGUAUAGUUCAUUCCAGCAGCUUGUUUGAAUUUUCUUGCAGCUGUGUUCUUUGAGUUCGUGUAGAUUGUUUGUGCUCAGGGCAAAUUCUUGAUUUUACUGUGUGUUACAAAUAAUUAAUCUGAUUGAAGAGACCUUAAUAUGUUGAUGAAUACACCUUAAUAACUUGAACGUCAAUUAAAUAGGAGUCUCUUCUUGAGUGAUAUCCUCUCCUUGAACAUUGUCUCGAUUAUGUCUUUAUUCGUCUCACGACCAUACUCCACAAGGUGAAAGAAUAAUUCUUAUUUUGCAACAUAUAAAACAACUAUAUGACGUGGUGAAAACAUUGCCCUUAAUAGGGUUCUUUUAUUUGGGUUAACAUCUUCGGAUUCAUUAAAUGAGAGGCGUCUCGGUGGUUUAUGAUGCACCUUCUCUUUUUCAAGGACUAAGUUGAGUGCUGGUUGAGUAGAAUAAGAAAUCAUGUUCGCGACUUCUAGUCCUUGGAAUCUAGAUCCCCAGUCCUUGGAAUCUUUAGCUUGUUGCCACUGUCCAUCCCUUUUACUCCUUUCUAUUUUCUCAACCUGUUUCACAGAAAGUUCUUUAUUGAGAACUUGGUGCUGUGAAAGGUUCUUCAGAUACGUGGUUCUUGGGGAAGUGAAAGUCGAUCUUUUAUUACGCAGAUUGAACAAUGAAGUGUGUGGGUUUGUUGUUUUCUUGGUUAAUGAAACAUUUUUGCUUGCCCCUCGGAUAUAUUCUUGAAUGUGACCCAUUGGUGUUUAGUCCGAUUCUAUUUCAAAUACAAUUUUACCAUCAAGUUAUGAGGACCAUUUGGUUGAAAUUGUGCCGGUGAAGAUGAGUUUGGAGACUUUGUUGGACCUAUGUAGACAUCUAUACAGGAAUACGGGCUGACAAGUAUGUGGUACUGUUGAAGUGCUGUGGGCCAAUAGAUGUGUCUUGCCGCUUAUGAUUGUGGUGGUGCUUAAACUCCACUUGGGGACUUGUCAUCUGAAACAACUUGUCAUCUGAAACAUAGUAGUUCUUUGUGCAUGACUUUGAGGAUACAGGAUUUGUGCAGUUGUGGCCGUUUAGCCAUUGAUUAAUAGGGAUUUCUGUUUAGGUUCUCUGCUUAGCAGUUGCAUGUCAAUCACAGUAACAGUUUUAGCUUAAAGUCAGUAGAAGAAAAGUGAUGAUUUUUUUUUUUUUCUCAGAGUUUGUAAUUCUAUUUGUUGUUCAAUGACACUAAUCGUUUUAAGCACAAAUGUUUUCUCAUCCUGAAUUUGCUUAUUUGCAACUCUCAAACUGCCCAAUUAUGAUCUCUUGUUUGCAUACAUGUUCUUGUCGGAGUAUGGCUGCGGUCUGACAUUUUUUUACCCUCCAGGAUUCUUAGCAAGCACUGUAUGAACAUGCUAAAAACAGUAUUAACCAAACAACAGUAGUAAUGUCUAUAAAUGAGAAUAUUUCAUCACAAAUGGACUAGCCUUACAAAUCUAAUUGGUAAAUUGAUGAUUAGUAAACACACAAGUUGGGUAAAUUCUCUUCAAAGGUUGAAGAGUGGGUGUUGAGGUACUUAAUUGACUCGUGUAUUCAUCGGAAGCUGAACUUCGAAAUGGCGGGGAGAUCAUAUAACAAAACCAUCUCUUUUGUCUCCAAACGUGGUGCAACCAGCCUGCAAGACCCUUUCAAGACUGACCUAUAUUUUCUGCAUGGUAAUUCCCGAUUCAGACCUUCGUGUUUACUAAUCCCAAUUCUCAUCUUUUACUACAAGAAAAAUUAUACACAAUAUAUGUAGAUUGUAUUAAUUCUAGUAUAUUUUAUAAAUUAUAAUGUGAAUUAUUUUUUUGGGAGGAUAGAGAUAAGUAAUAUACAAUUCCUCUAUGCAUAUGAGAUUCCUG